AUGCCUCUCACUGGUCACUGUCUCUGCAAGGCCGUCACCUAUAAGGCCGACGUUGAUGCCCCCCUCCUUACCGGUUACGACCACUGCGAUGACUGCCAGCGCCAGUCCGGUUCGACCUACUCUCUCGUCGUUGUCGUCCCCAAGGACAAACUCAGCGUGACCGGCCCGCUCAAGAAGUGGGAAGGCACCGGCUCCUCCGGCAAGUCGGUGUGGCGCUGGUUCUGCGGCGACUGCGGCUCGCCCAUCGCCCACGACCCGGAUGCCGCGCCUGAGAUCAUUGCUCUCAAGGGCGGCUCGCUCGACACUGAGAUCAAGAAGACCUUGAAGCCGGAGCACGAGAUCUGGACCAUCGGCAAGCUUCCGUUCUGCCAGGAGAAGCUGGAGCACCCCCACGAGCGCAUGCCUUAG